CACAAAUGGCGUCAGGGGCGCGUCAACAAUAGUUGGUCAUAGAGGAGAUUUCAUUAAAAAGUAGACCUGUUUAGCUCUCUUCUAAGACUGUUUUAAUUUUAAAAUACUUACCACUUUGCCGUUUUCCUCAGGUGUUUAAAGCAAGAUGGUUCUAUGUUAACCAGCGGUGUUAUUUGAUACCCUGUCACUGUCAGGCGCUUGUAAACUGUGAAGUUAUUUAUUUGUCGUUGUUUAUUAUGUCUUCAUGAGCUGCGUGAUAUCGCAUCGCUUCGAGGCUCGGGAAUGAAGAAAUCAGAUGAUCCAUACGAGAGAUUCAUUUUGCUACAUCUUCAGCAUUAUGGAUUCCUCUCCGAGACUAGCUCUUCUGUGCAUGCUGGGGUCCCCAUCAAGAGAGAGUGGGAGGGCAAUCGAGAUUCUGCUGCUUCAGACCUGAUCAACUCCGCAUCUGAGAGCAAUGACUCCAGCUUCGAAGAGGAGCAGGAGGAACCCAAGCCAUGUCAAAAUUUUUUCAGCUUAGACAAAGUUCUUAGAACCCGACAGCUUGUGUUUGAUUUUGACGGUGAGCGGCCCAUUCCACGCCUGAGGGAGCCUUUGGACCUCUUCACAAUCCCAUCUACCUCCUGUCCAUUUCAGGGCGUUCGCUGGCCCAUCGAAUGUGAAGUGAUCCGUGACAAAAUCCAGCAUAUAGAAUGGGACCCUUCAGAGCCGGAGCCAUUCUAUCAGCCAACGGGGGAUGAACAGGCUCCCAUGCCGGUAGGAGGGGUAAGAGGAAACACUGUCUACCGCAUAGACCCAGCCACACAAACCUCCUACUUCACCUACUCUCGUGUGGGUGGGAGCAGAGGACCCAUUAAACUACCCAGGUCCUGUGCCAACCAUCAGGAGGAGCCUACGCUAGAUUUUGAGUCUCGUUUUGAGAGUGGAAACCUACGAAAAGCAGCGCAAGUUGGUCAGUAUGACUAUGAGCUGACUUUGCGCACUGACUUGUACACCACUAAGCACACUCAGUGGUUCUACUUCCGGGUGAGGAACAUGAGGGCAGGCGUCACCUACCGCUUCACCAUCGUCAACCUGAUGAAGGCCAGCAGUCUGUAUAGUGCUGGAAUGCGCCCAUUGCUCUACUCUGAACACGCUGCCUGGCUGAAGGGGGAGGGAUGGCAGAGAACAGGAGCAAAUAUUAGGUACUACAGAAACAGUACUGAACAGGAUGGUAAAGCGCUGUACUCCCUCACCUGGACUCUGGAGUUCCCUUUCGAUGGUGACACCUGCUACCUGGCCCACUGCUACCCUUAUACAUAUUCAAACCUACAGCAUUACCUGCGUGAGGUCAUCUCAGACCCUGUCCGUGCAGCUUACUGUAAGCUGCGAGUGCUCUGUCGAAGUCUGGCGGGAAAUGCAGUGUAUGUUUUGACUGUAACAGCUCCGUCCAACAGCUUAGCAGAACGCAAAGCCAAGCGGGCAGUUGUUGUGACGGCACGGGUGCAUCCAGGAGAAACCAACGGCUCUUGGAUGAUGCAGGGCUUUCUGGAGUUCCUGCUGAGCGACUUGCCUGAUGCACGUUUGUUGAGGGAAAUGUUCAUCUUUAAGAUUAUACCGAUGUUAAACCCUGAUGGCGUGGUGGUGGGAAACUACCGGUGUUCACUUACAGGCCGCGAUUUGAACCGAAACUACCGCAGUCUGCUGCGUGACUCUUUCCCAUGCAUUUGGUACACUCGCAACAUGGUGAAACGGUUGCUUGAUGAAAGAGAGGUGGUGGUCUACUGUGACUUUCAUGGUCAUAGCAGGAAAAACAACGUGUUCAUGUAUGGAUGCAGUGAUCGGAAAGUUGCUUCGCAGUGUCUUCAAGAACGUGUUUUCCCUCUUAUGAUGAGCAAGAAUGCUACAGACAAGUUUUCUUUUAGGAGUUGCAAGUUCAAAAUGCACAAGAGCAAAGAGGGCACCGGCCGCAUCGUCAUGUGGAGACUCGGCAUUAGGAACAGCUACACAAUGGAGUCAACCUUCGGAGGCUCCACACUGGGUGACAGGAAGGGAACGCACUUCAGCACACGGGACUUGAAAUCAAUGGGCUAUUGCUUUUGUGACACUCUGCUUGAUUUUUGUGACCCUGACCCAGCCAAGACCAAACACUGUCUGGAGGAGUUAGGGCUGUUAUUGAGACAAGAGGUCAGACGGAAGCUGGGAAGAGAAGUGGACUCCUUAGAGGAUCUGUCUGACAUUGAGUCUAGCACAAGUGGAUCGAACAGUACUGAAUCAGAUGGACUUCCUGUUCAUCUUCUAAAUGCCACAAACCAGGGCAAGAAAAAACACCUAAGAAGCCGCAAAGAAAGGAACCGACUCCGACAAGAACGAGUACAGAGCACAGGACCCAAAAUGAUUCAAAAGAACAUCAAACAUUUGGAUCCCGUGCCCUCAAAUGAAGAUGUGGUCAAAGUGAGAAUCCAAGAGAAAACUAUGAGUUUUGGGAAGGACACUAAGAAACAAAAGAUGCCAUGUCCGGUAAGGGCGAAUCAGACUGUGAGGUCUUGGAUCCCUCAUCCCACUACUCACAUUGGCGUUGUAGAAAAUAUUCCAGAUCUUUGGGGGAAUAUACCAGAAAAGAUUGUGCCUGCCACCAGUUUGCACAAUGGUUAUUCAUCUUAUCGUCACUCUGUCUCAGUUGAUAAUAGGCAUAAAACAUAUCAGCAUGCUACCUCAUCAGCCCCCCAGGGACAAUUACAACGACAGACCCACCUAGUUAUUGGAGGUCAGAAAAGAUGUCCAUCAGUACCUGCCUCCAGAGAACGAUCUCUGAUUAUACCAAUUCAACCGUACACAAUGCCCUUUUACCCCGAUUACAGACUUCAGCCAGAAAUAAAAGAAAGACCCCAUAUUUCAAACAUUACACAGAGGAGUCAGCAGAAACUCAGGCAGGAAAGCCAGAUGCAAGUGACACAUAUUCCUGUCAAACAUUUAAUGCCACUAGACAACAUGGGAACCCUGAGGAUCAGUCAUAAGACAGAUGGACGAGGUGCCAUGGUUGGCCUUGCAUCACCAGAUACAGAGAAGUCCAGAAGAGCCAACCAAAUUAGUAAACAAGAUGCUUCCGGCUUCCUCCCUGACCUACACAGCCACGGUCAGUUGUUUGGGAAUCAGUCUGCGAUCAGAAGUCUGAGGAUAGGGAGGCUGCCCAAAGGAAGCAAAACUCAGGUUUUCAGGAGAAAUGCUGCUUCUACAGACAGCCUGAGCAGUGAGGAGAAGGGUGUCGCAGAAAGAACAUCUACACAUUUUCCUCAGUCAUAGUAAGUUAAAGGGACAGUUCACCCAAAAAGUUUAAUUGUCAUUAAUUACUCACCCUCAUGUCGUUCCAAACCCAUAAGAACUUUGUUCAUCUUCAGAA